GAAGCCGUCUCACCCUACUCGGUGCACAACAGCAAACGUAGACAUGAAAGGACUCAAGAAGGCUUUUCUGCUUUGGAGCACAAUCUUCAUCUCAACUCUCGCUUGCUUUGAUGAGGUAUCUGCUUCUUCGGCACUGAGGCAUCCGUGCAACUCGCCAUGUCUUCUGGUUGCAGAUUUUGACCGCGUAUUAGCUUUGGAUUACGACAACAAGUCGAUAUUUCCAGUCGUUUCCACUUUACCACUCGUUAGAGAUGUAGAUUUUCAUUACAACCAGGGCUACAUAUUUUGGUGUGUUAUGGGACGUAUCCAGCGCUCGAAUAUGGAUGGCACAAACAUCACAGUUAUCCACUAUGGAGUGCCCUGCCGUGGGUUGGCAGUAGAGUGGGACUCAUUCCAGCUGUACUGGACUAGUUAUUUUCAAACUAUAAUGGUAUCAGAUCUCGACGGAAAUAACAAACGCACUGUUGUUUCUUCGCUGUUGGGACCAACCGAUAUCGUUCUUGAUCCACACCAAGGAUUGAUGUUUUGGAUUGAUACGGGAAAUAUUUCUAAGGUGGAAAGAUCAACUCUAUACGGAACACAGCGUGUUACUUUAGCGGUGCAUAAUAAUAAUCAUCGAGCUGGUAUCACUCUUGAUAGAAGAAGAAAGCUCAUAUUCUGGCUGAGUAAAUGGAACUCAAUAGAAUCCAUAGACUAUAAUGGCCACAAUAGAAGGAUAGUUUUUCAAAGAGGUGGAGUCGACUUUCAGGGGAUUACUUUCAUCUCGUCUGAUUUAUUCACCAUUAACCAUUGGUCAUCAGAAAUCGUUUACAGACUGAAUCCCUCCGAUGGAAAAGUGAAAAGUAAUGUAACCGUCACAAGCUACUGGAGAGGCUUUUAUGAUCUCGUUGCAUAUGAUAGUUCCUUGCAGUUACCAGCGAUAAAGUGCCCGACCUUGUCAUUACCGAGGAAUGGUGUCCUCUUGGGAUGUAACACCAAUAACACAGAGAUGUUAUAUGACACUGAAUGCAGGUUCUUUUGUAAGGAAGGAUCUGAAGCGAUUGGUGCAACAAUAAAGAGGUGUGCUGAAAAUGGGACGUGGAUUGGACCAGACCUUGUUUGUCCAGGUACGAGAUAUGCGAACUAUUGGUACUAUCAAAAUGUUAUGGAAUUUAAGUGGUUUUCGCUAGUUUUUACUUGUUGUAUUCAUUGCGUCGCAUGACGAAUCGAUUCGAUAUCGUCAGUGGUCUUUCCGCCCAACGCUUGCAGCGAUUGUAGAUC